AUGAGCAACAACUUUUUCGAUUACACUGUCAAGGACAUCAAGAACCAAGAUUGGUCCCUCAGCUCCGUCAAGGACAAUGUGGUGCUUGUUGUCAAUGUCGCGUCCAAAUGCGGUUUCACCAAGCAAUACGCUGGCUUGGAAGAAUUGUAUCAAAAGUACAAGGACCGCGGCUUUACCAUCAUUGGCUGCCCAUGCAACCAAUUUGCUGGUCAAGAACCUGGCACCGAAGAAGAAAUUGUCAGCUUUUGUAAAUUGACCUAUGACGUCUCGUUCCCCAUCACCGCAAAAGUUGAAGUAAACGGAGACAACGCCGCACCUGUUUACAAGUUUAUGAAGGAAGCCCAACCUGGUAUCAUGGGCAUGAAACGUGUCAAAUGGAACUUUGAGAAAUUCUUGAUUGAUCGUCAAGGCAACGUUGUCAAGCGCUAUUCAUCAGUGACUGAGCCCAAGGAUAUUGGUGCCGAUAUUGAAAAGCUGUUGUAG